CACAGGGACCAACCAGCCAGCUGGCGAGCCACACUCCUCACUCUUGAGCGGCGAGCGAUCGAGUUGACUACCGGCAGCCCACGAGGAACGACGCGUCGACAUGGCACCCAACACGGAGAACCUGACCGCGGUGCUGAUGAAGAAGGAUGACCUCCGAAUGGAACAACGUCCCAUUCCGGAGCCCAAAGACGAUGAGGUACUUCUGAAAAUGGGAUGUGUCGGCAUUUGCGGAUCUGACAUCCACUAUCUUGUACACGGCAGUUGUGCAGGAUUCGUUGUCAAGCAGCCUAUGGUUAUUGGCCAUGAGGGCAGUGGAACUGUUGCCAAGGUUGGCAAAAAUGUGAAAAAUGUCAAGCCUGGAGACAGAGUUGCUAUUGAACCUGGGGUCCCUUGCAGAAGAUGUGAAUUCUGUGUUAAGGGUGAAUACAACCUGUGUCCAAACAUAUUCUUCUGUGCGACACCUCCUGAUAAUGGUAAUCUCUGCCAAUACUACACACAUGAUGCCAGUUUCUGCCACAAAUUACCGGACAACAUGUCUCUUGAAGAGGGUGCCAUGAUGGAACCCUUAUCCGUUGGCGUCCAUGCCUGCAACCAGGCCAACAUCAAAUUUGGUGACAACGUCUUAAUUACAGGCUGUGGUCCAAUCGGUCUUGUAAGCCUGCUUGCAGCCAAAGCUAUGGGUGCCACCAAAGUAAUCAUGACUGAUAUUGUGGAACACCGUAUGCAAAUUGCUCUGAAAGCUGGUGCAGAUGCAGUAGUGGAUGUUUCAAAGGGAACAAUCGAUGAUCAUACUGCACAAAUUAAGAGUAUCUUUGGUGGAGAACUUCCCAGAGCAACAUUGGACUGCACUGGUUUUGAGGCUAGCAUGCGUUUGGCAAUUAAUAGCACCAAACCAGGAGGAAUCAUUGUUCUGGUCGGCAUGGGCUGCAGCACUGACAUGAAACUGCCCCUGACUGCUGCUCUCAGUCGGGAAAUCACCAUCAAAGGGGUGUUUAGGUACCGCAACUGCUACCCUACAGCAAUCGCAAUGGUCUCCAGUGGAAAAGCUAAUGUAAAGCAGUUCAUCACACACAACUUUAACUUGGAUCAGUCACUUGAAGCUUUCGACACUGCUCGCCAUGGCAAGGGCAACCCAGUUAAAGUCAUGAUCCACUGCUCAAAGUAAAGGGCAGGUUCUUUAUACUACACAUUCCAUUUAUCAGAAACAAUAAUCCAGAAGAGGUCAGAUUUGAGCUUGUAUUUUUGUACAUCAACAUUCAAAAUAGGAAAUAAACCUUGAUUUUUA